AUGGCAGCGCAGAUGAUGUCGUUCGCACUAGUGGGUAUUCUAGCUGACAGAUCUCGUGACUACUGUGCUAUGUAUGUAGCUCAUAGCGCGUCAUUUCUCGCCUUCCUGCUGUUCAAUCACCUGUCAUUCACCUAUCCUUCUCUACAUCUACUGUCCGGCCAGAAUUGCUUUCACAAGACAGGAAGCUUGAUGCGAAGUCUGAUUGAAGAACAGGCAAUCAACAAAUCCCCCUCUUGUCGGCCGGCCGCAGCACCAAAAUGCAAUCAUUUCGCCAACUCGCAUCUCCACACCCGGCCAUUGAGCUUCACGCGAACGCUACGAUUGAAAGAGGACAAACCGCAGGAUGGCCACGAGCUGGAGAAAGCAAAGCAGCAACAGCAUACGAGCGAGCAGCAGCGGGAUGAGCUGGCGUCGUCCUCCGAAAGCGCGGUCAAGGCAGAUCAGAACAAGCAAGAUGUGGAGAGCUUGCAGAAGGAGACGGCGAAACAGUCACAGAAAGAGCAUGCUCACGGAAAAUCGUAG